UGGAACUGGGACUUCCUGUGGCAGUUCAUUUCCUGGUCGGCGGGGGCCGCGAGCGGAGGAAGGCUCGGCAUGGUCUCCCCCCGGCCAGCCCCAGCCUUCCUUGACGCUCUUCCACCUCCUCCUCCUUCUCCGCAGCGGCUCCCCCUCCUGCUCUGCCCGGCCGGCGGCGCUCCUCCGGCUGCCACUUUGUAGCGAUGCUGCAGGGCCGGAGCGGCGCCCGCAGCGGAAGCGGACAUGGUCUGAAUAAUACCCAAGCUCUGCCUUCCUGGACUAGGCGAGAGGAAACAAAGCAUAUGACCUCUAAGGAAAAAGAAGAUAUUUUGCCGCAAAGGGAUUAAUUUUUGUCUGUCUUCAAGACAUCAAGAGCUGUGUACAUAGACACACACACAAAAAAAAAAUUACACACAAACACACAGUUAAAUAUAUAUAUUUGGGGUGUUUGUGUGUCAUACUGGACUUGCUAAGCUAAAAGUGUUUAGGCUGCGCACUCUUGGAGCCAUGAAGAAGUUUUUUGACUCUCGGCGAGAGCAGGGUGGCUCUGGGGCCGGUUCUGGGACCCUCGGAGGGAGUGGCAGUAGCACUGGGCCUGGGAGUGGAUACAUAGGCCGGGUGUUCAACAUUGGGAGGUGUCAGGUGACUGUGGAUGAAGUUCUGGCGGAAGGUGGGUUUGCUAUUGUUUUUCUGGUGAGAACCAGCAAUGGGAUGAAAUGCGCCCUGAAACGAAUGUAUGUCAACAAUGAACACGACCUACAAGUCUGCAAACGGGAAAUUCAGAUCAUGAGGGACCUUGUGGGACACAAGAACAUUGUUGGAUUUAUUGACUCCAGUAUAAACUCUGUGAGCAGUGGGGAUGUCUGGGAAGUCUUGAUCCUCAUGGAUUUUUGCCGAGGAGGCCAGGUGGUGAACCUCAUGAAUCAGCGCUUGCAGACAGGCUUCACGGAAAGCGAAGUUCUGCAGAUCUUCUGUGACACCUGCGAAGCCGUGGCCAGGCUGCACCAGUGCAAAUCGCCCAUCAUCCACAGGGAUUUGAAGGUGGAAAAUAUCCUCCUGCACGAUCGUGGCCAUUAUGUGCUGUGUGACUUUGGAAGUGCCACCAACAAAUUCCAGAACCCUCAGCUCGAAGGAGUGAAUGCAGUGGAGGAAGAAAUCAAGAAGUACACCACACUAUCCUACAGAGCACCAGAAAUGGUCAACCUCUAUAGCGGCAAGCUGAUUACUACAAGAGCAGACAUCUGGGCCAUGGGCUGUUUGCUGUACAAACUCUGUUAUUUUACUUUGCCAUUUGGUGAGAGCCAAGUAGCAAUUUGCGACGGAAACUUCACCAUUCCUGACAACUCGCGCUACUCUCAAGACAUGCACUGCCUCAUACGGUAUAUGCUGGAACCAGACCCUGACAAGAGACCUGAAAUUUACCAGGUCUCCUAUUUUGCAUUCAAGCUCGCUAAGAGGGAAUGUCCGGUCCAGAAUGUACAGAACUCUCCGAUCCCUGCCAAACUCCCAGAACCAGUGAAAGCUAGUGAAGCUGCUGCUAAGAAGAGCCAGCCAAAAGCCAGGCUGACAGAUCCUAUCCCCACAACUGAAACAUCCAUCACCCCACGCCAAAGACCCAAAGCUGGGCAGACACAACCAAACCCCGGGAUGCUGCCCAUCCAGCCUGCUCUGACUCCCAGAAAGAGGCCCACAGCACAAGUUGCUGCUCCAGCGCCUUUGGCCGGGGGUCAGGCCCCCCUCCCCACCAGCGUCCCACAGCCGAAAGCCCUGCCUCAGCCGACUCCGCCUCUCCCGCAAGCUCAGCCUAAGCAGCCGCCCCCUGUACAACCGCCUGUUGCCUCCCAACCACAAGCCCCUCCAGCUCAGCCCCAGGCCGCCACCCCACAGCACCAGCUGUUCCUAAAGCAGCAGCAGCAACAGCCACCACCGCAGCCGCCAGCCACAUUUUAUCAGCCCCAAGGACCUCAGCCGCAGCCGCAGCCACAGCCUCCCCUGCAAGUUCAACAGAUCCAAGUGGCGCCCCAGGCACCGCAGCCGCCAGUGAAGCCACAGUUUCCAGUGGCGCCACAAGGAGUGCAACCGCAGCCUGUGCAGAAUUACAUGCAGCAGCAGCAGCAGCAACUGCUGGCACAACAGGGAUCCAUCCCACAGAAAGCAGCUGCAGGGCAACAGAAGCCGUCGGCUCAGAUCCUGCCCCAAGCCCAGGUGCAGCAGGUGGCAGCACAGCCAGUCCCUGUGCAGGAUCAUCCGCAAGCGCCUCCACGACAUCAAAGGAUCCCCACCACCCCGUCGUCAGCUGUCCAGGCGCAGAAGGUGGGCUCCCUCACUCCCCCGUCCUCCCCCAAGACUCAGCGAGCGGGACACCGGAGGAUCCUGAGUGACGUGACACACAGCACUGUCUUCGGGGUCCCAGCCAGCAAAUCAACACAGCUUCUGCAGGCAGCGGCUGCUGAGGCCAGCCUCAACAAGUCCAAGUCUGCCUCGACGACGCCUUCUGGAUCCCCCAGGACAUCACAGCAAAAUGUCUACAAUCCACCAGAUGUCUCUACCUGGAACCCUUUUGAUGAUGACAACUUCUCCAAGCUCACAGCAGAGGAGCUGCUGAACAAGGAUUUUGCAAAACUGAGUGAUGGUAAACUUCCAGAGAAGCUGGGUAGCUCAGCAGAGAAUCUGAUUCCAGGCUUCCAGCCAGCUCCUUCCACAACACAGGCAGAUGCUUUUGGCCCAUCUUCUCUUGCACCUGUGUCAGCUGAAAAAACAAAAGAUAUCUUGGACUCUAGCCCUCCACUUCUGGCUGUUCCUGACCCUUUCAUUCCUCUUCCACUAUCAGAUACGCCAGAAAAACUGAUUGAGGGCCUCAAAUCUCCUGAGCCUGCACUUCUCCUCCCUGAUCUCCUGCCUCUCGCUGAUCCCUUCGGUAGCACCCCUGAUGCUGUGAAUGGAAAAGCUGAACUAACAGUUGAGAGUCUCAUCCCAGGCCUUGAGGCUCCUGUGUCGCAGCAUAUAUCAUCGCAGACAGACUCUGUGGCUUCAAACAGAGCAGAUUCUGUCACUGGGGAGGACUCCCUGCUUGACUGCUCUCUGCUUUCUAAUCCUGCUGCUGACCUUCUGGAUGAGUUUGCUCCUUUAUCCGUUUCAACCCAAGCUCACAAAGAAGAUACUAACCUGAUCUCGGGCUUCGGUGUCCCUGAGGGCUCUGAAAAGGUGGCAGGAGACGAGUUUGACCCCAUCCCUGUGUUGAUAUCCAAAAAUUCACAAGGUGGGCAUUCUAGAAACAGCAGUGGAAGCUCUGAAUCCAGUCUUCCCAACCUAGCCAGGUCUCUUCUGCUAGUGGAUCAGCUCAUAGACCUGUAGCAGCCACUCAGUAACCAAGGCGGUUUCUGUAACGUACCUUAAAUCCAAUGUGGUUUUUUUUUGUUUUUUGUUUGUUUUGUUUUCCCAACGGAGCUGAAUCUUUAGUUGUCAGGUGAUUUUGUGUUCCUGUUGUUGUUUUGUUUAAAAAAUAACCCUGCAGAUGGAAGGAGCCCACACCCUGAACCCCAAAUCAUGGCCCCUCUCUUGGGACUCCCCUGCCCUCCGUCUCAGCACGUCCUUGAUGCAACUUGCUGCCUUGUGCACUUCUUUCUACUAGCCUAUCUCUGAUGGGAGCAACGCUGUUUAUUAACCUCUUUGCUAUGAUUUCACCUCCUCCCCCCCCCCCGCCAGCUCCACUGGAACCAUAACUGUACAUGAAAUUACGUGUAACCUGUGUAUGAUCCUUACUAGAAAUGCAUACAACUAAUAUGUCUGGGCCCCCAUCCCACCUUAGUCUAGAGAAUGCUAACCAAAUGGUAUGUUAACUUCUUUUCGUAAUCUAAAAGCCAGAAGGGGAAGGACCAUGAAAAUAAGUCGCCAUUGCCCCUCUCUGAUGUGCAAGGGGCCAGGGGCUCUCUUAGGAAGGCUUUGGGGCCGGACUCUGGGCAAUGCCUCCUCCUCCACAGCUAAAACUGUGCUUGAGAUCUGCUGAGUAGAUACAUUUCCAGCUUGGAAAGUGGACACUUUGCUCCCUAACCAGCAUUCUGCAGUGUGCUUAGGAAUGGGCUGUGCUUAAUAAGAUAAGAUUUUUAAAAACAACAAGACCCAAGCUAUGGAAAUUAUCCAUCGCAAAAUAGUUAAAUGUAAAAACAUCAUAAUGUCUAAAAAGCAUGGCUAAGAUUAUUAUUUUCCUGUUGGAUGAAUCCUCAGUUGAAGAGGGCAUUUGUAGCAACAGAUGUGUACUCUGGUGGAGGGCUUGGCCUGUAGAGGAAUUCUGUAAAAUUAAUGAACAUGUCAGACAUUCCUGCGGGUGAGGUUGUUUUUGGUUUUUUUCUUUUGGCUGUCUCCCUAUGUUGCAAAUAGGUAUAGUGUUAACACAGUACUAUGGAGCCAUCCCCCCCCCUUUCCCAGUAGGCAAAGGACUGUAAUCUUUAUUUAGAUCCUUCAGUCUUUGUAGAGCUCGCAUGCACACCUUGUCAGCCAGUUGAGAGUAAGUGCUUUCCAGCUUAGGUGUACCUGAAUGGGUUUUACCUUUUCUUUCCACCUUGAUAUGCUCAGUUUUGUCAAACUACUGGAUAGAGUAAACUUGUUUUCAUCGGCUUCUGAUCUUCAAGUCCAAAGUUAACUUGCCACUCUGAAGAUGUUCUUCUGUACGGAAGGACCUACCCUGACUCCAUAGUGGAAUAAUUAUUAGCUUAAUGCUAACUCUGUGUAUGUGUAUGUAGUUGUAUUGGUAAAAAGUGCAGUUUUUCCAUGCGUGAAAGUAUGAAUGACUAAAUUUAUAGAUGUAUCAGCCUCUCCUACAUGAAGAAAAGACACCUUGAUGACGUCCCUGAGUAUUCCCCCUUCCAGCUCCCCCCCCAUCUAAAUCUCCCCCUCAGAAAUUAGCUUAACAAAUUCUGUAAAUAGGAUUUAACCGUCAUGUCCGUUCUCUCUGAAUCUUUCUAAGAUCUACAUGCACACUUCAUGAUAAAAAGUAUUGCUUAUGUGUGAUGUGUCCAUUUCCGUGUUUCUGCUGCACUUUCCUGAUGAUUUACAUGACAGAACUAUGGAAAUUAUCUUAGUAAAAUUGUUGAUAGAUCUUUAUAUUUUUUUGGGGAGGGGGGGUGGGGUUGUUUUGACUUCUGAAUCCCGAAGCACAGGCGACCGGGUCUGGAUUAUGUGGACAAAGCUUUAGAUAGAACGUUAUUGUAUAGUCAGAUACUGAAAAAUAUAUGGGGGGAAAAAGAAUGGAUUUUUUUAAAACAAAGUAACCAUCUGCUGUGUAUAAGAAACCAAAAAAAAAAGAACAUUUCUGUGAAUUAAAGUACUUUUAAAAAAGAAUGUUUAACAUUUUAAGUCUACUUGAACUUGUUGAAGAGUUCUGGACACAGAAUAAUGGGAGUACCUGGUUGUUUGAGGACAGUGCUGUGAGCAAAACAACUGUGAGUGUUGGGGCUUUUUACAUUUUUGCUUUGUUUUUCCAAAACUGAAUCAUGCAUCUGGAUUGGCAAAUCUAACAUGGUGGAAAUAAUUUAUCCUGUACUAAGGUUUAUGAAUUGACCAAAAGUCAUGGAAAUGACGUGUAGCAGAUUCUUUAAUAAACAGCGCAAGACUGAAAUUCUGGGAAUGAUUAUUAGCCUGUUGCAAUAUAUUGCUGGAGGUUGCAGUUCCUUCUUUCAAAGGGGUGAUCAAGUAUAGGGGGUGUGCGUUUGGGGGUGUUGCAAGGCUGCCGUUAGGCAGAAUCAGACAGUCUGCAGCCCAUUUUGGAAUACCAGUAAAAAAGGGCAGGGAGCAAAUAUUUUGAUUAUGAUCAUGGGAGGCAUCACCUGGAUUUUCUGCCUCCAGGACCAAAAUGUCUUUGACUGCCUGAGGCAGUGGGUGGAGGUGCUGAAAUUUCAUGUCCGGGGGAAUGACUUGAUUUCUCAUAUCCUUAAAGACGGGGAUGAAGGUGUGUCUUCUGCUCAUGCCAUGAGCCCCAAUCUCUGUCCCUGUGUCUUCACUGGGGGAACUAUUUUUUCCCCAAUGAGUUGCUUAAGCAGCUGCAAUUGAUGCAGACCAGCAGCUGGGAAAUGCAAUGGUCCAGGUUGACAACCUUAGUUGUGAUAGACCUAGGCUGGCCAACACCCGGUGCCCUCCAGAUGUUGUUGGCCUCAAGCUCCCAUCAGCCCCAGAUGGCAUGGUGAAUGAACAGGGUUGAUGGAAUCUGUAGUUCAACAACGUCUGUAGAGCACCCCAUAGACUUCCCCAGCAGUCUGCUGGAAAUUCACUGGGGAGAAAUUCAGCACCAGAAGUGGCACUUCUGUUGUUGAAUUUCUUGCUGUCUGAGCUAGUUAUUUAAUAUUUCUGGUGUGUGUGUACUUUUGUUUUGUAAAUUGUGUGGGCUGACUUCUGUCUUGCACACCACCACCAACAACAACAACAACAAAAUGGGAGACACCCCACUGGGUGUAUAUUAAAUUUGCAAAGUAGGAGUGCAUACAAUUCCUGUAUUGUGGGGUGUGGACUCGAUGACCCUUUGGGUCCCUUCCAACUCUACAAUUCUAUGAUUCUAUGCUCGGCACCUCUUCACAAUUAAGGCAUUAUUUUGAAGCUGUGCCAAUGAACUGCUUAUUCGGAACCACUUCAAGCAGGAUCAGGCCAACCCAGCAUUCUCAGAAAGAAUCUCAGCAAGUAGUUAGCUUCCCUGAUAUUGCUUGGAUCACCCCUGACCUUUGGCCUUGCUCCCUGGGGUUGGUAGGCAUGGUGGUGCAUCAAGAUCUAGUUAGCCACACCUGUUCUAGGUAGCCCAGUGAACCGCAGUCUACCUUCAGGUUGCCCCUGUAGAAAUGUUUCACUGCAAGUAGUGCCAAGCUCAGCCUGUCACGCACUGUGCUUGGAUAGUGUUUGUCAUGCUCUCUUAGAUGAUAAUUGGCAGUAGACAAUGUAGUUAAAAAGUUCACAGUAAAUUCUGUAGCCCAUUGAUCGUAACACAGCCCUGUGAUGCUGAUCCAUGUCCUGCGACAGCCUUCAUCAAGCUGAUGCACUCCAGCAGAGCUAGUAUGAUGCUGCAAAGCUUUUAUGGAAUGUGGAGCUGCUCUUAUCUUGUCAAAGGGUUGCCGUGGCCUGUUGCUUUUCUGACAUGAGUGGAGAGCUGUGCUGAGCGAGCAGAAACUGCUGCCUGACCUCUGCAACAAACUGCCAUGUAAGGACAUUGAAGAAAAAGCACUCAUCCUGAUGGAGAACCCACAAGCCAUACAGCACCCCUUUCCUAUGGCUCUGCCUUCCUCUUUACUCUGGGAGUGAUGCUGAUGAUCCUUUCAUCUGCAACCAGAUUAGAAUCUCACUCUUUAGGGCUGGGGUUUUGAAAACACAAGUGGAAACUGGUGUCAAGUAGCCAUUAACUUGGUGAUGGAGACGGAGGUUCAAGCAGACCUUUGUAUGGAAGAUGCCCAAAGUAAUUUGGUGGCUUGUUGGCUUUUAAUUGUGCUCCAAAUAUGCACCAGCAUAUUUGGUGCUGUAUGGAAAGCAAAUGGAAGCAUUCCCUGCUCAGAGGAGCAUUCAGGAUUAGUCAGAAAGGUGGGAUUCAUCCUGAUAUCACAGUUGCCAUCUUAAUGGCAGGCAGUUCUGUGGAAGUGAGAGUACAAUGAUCCAGGAAAGCUUUGUUUAUGGAAGAAAAUUUUUGAGGGAAGGGACCUCAAGGCAGGUUUCCUGAUGCGUAAAGAAGGUAAAAAUUUGAUACCAAGCACCAAAACCCAGUUUACAAGAUUUCAGAUAGCUGCGCAAAACACAGCCAGAUGAGAACCACCACCCCAACCUGAUUCCCCUCCAGAUGUUUUGAACUACAGCUCCCAUAACCCCCAGCAUCAUACAGCCAUGCUGGCUGGGACUGUGAGUUGUUGCUGCUGUUUAUUGGUAUCGCGCUUCCAAAAAAUGAAACACUAAGCAACUUACAAAAAUGUACAAGAAUAAAACAGCUUAAAAUACACAAAUUAUAUAUAUAGAUCCAGCUCCACAUCACCCUGCUAAAAUUAAAGAAUCAAAGGCCUGGGUGAAUAAAGAUGUCUUUGCCUGUUGCCUAUAAGAGAGCUAGUGAUGGCAGCAAGCAUGCCUCCCUGGGGAGAGCAUUCCCUAAACGGGGCCACCACUGAAAAGGCCCCUUCUUGUGUUGCCACCCUUCACACCUCCUUCAAAGGGGGCACCUCAGAUGAAGAAUGUAGUGUCUGGGUUAGCUUACUUGGUGGUGAGAAGCAGUUCUUGAGGAUACUGAGGUUUGUAGUCAGAAACAUCUGGAGAGCACCAGGUUGAAGAAGAUGGUGCAGGGAAAGGACAGGCCAAUGAUCUAACCCAGUAGAAGGCAGCUUUAUAUUCAUCCCCGAGCCCUUCCAACAGUGAAGCUUGUUGGUGACUUUAUGUAUCCAAACAAGAAGAUAUUCACUUGGACCUUUUCAGGUCUCCCAGGCCCAGUUCCUGAACUCUUACAGAAUCUACCAUUUUCAUUUAUUUAAAUAAGUGGUUUGCAAAAUUGAAAUGAAAUUAUCAAUAAUAAAAACUAAUGGCAAUAAUUUAAACUUUUGAAAAGUUUGAAUAACAACAGACUGAAAACAGGUUGAAACUCACACCAGCUUUCUAAAUAUCUGAGUAGCCUUGCACUAAACAAGGAAGGAUGCUUUUUUGAAGGUGCCCAAAAAAUGCAAUGAUGGUGCCUGAUAUCGAGGCAGAGGGUUCCAGAGUGUAGGUGUGGCCACACCAUCACGUGAAGACCUAAUUCUGUCUGUGCUCCUGUAAUUGUGGAGUGCCACAGUUUCCCUACUCUCACUGCUUUGUUGUCUCAAAAAGAGGAGGUGGGAAGCAUGUUUAUGAAAAGAGAAGGUGCCACUUGGUCCAAGAUGAGAGCGCAUAAGUGCUUUCUUUGAUGUCUUCGCGACACAGUCCCCACACCAUCCUCAUCCGAUUAGUCCCCUGCAAUAGAGCCCUCCUGUGUGUCCCUCCAGGUCUUGUCGACCUCCGAAAAGGUUCAGUUUGCUGUAGGUACCCUGCAGAGACAACAUUGCCCUGCUGCAGCUGCCUUAGGAGGAGAAUGUUUCAGUGGAGCUGUCCAUUGUGCUGUUCUUGCCUGGCCUGUUUUGCCUUUGCCAGUCACUGCCUGCUUCCCUUGGGAGUCUCAAGCUCCUACAGUGUAGGUGGAAGGAGGGCUGUAGCUCAGCAGCAGAUCAUCUGUUUUUCUUUCAGAGGGUUCCAGAGUCACUCCCUGGCAUCGGCAUGUAGUGCUUGGAAAUACUGAGUGGAUGGACUGAUUGUCUGAUUUGGUGUAAGGCAGUUCCCUGGGUUACAAAAUAUGCAGGCUCAGAGCAGGGGGAAGCAACGCCAGCUUAAGCUCUGGCAUCCCGAGAGAGUGCGUACAAAAAAUACCCCGAUACUUUUAGCAUUCCAGAGCCCAUUCUCAAAUGGGAGGGUUUUUUGUCUCUCUGUCCUCAAAUCUGCUUUUAUUCUAUUAGCACACACAGAUCUUGUUUAUAUCUUGUUAUAGCAAACCACCUUCACCCACAGCCGGAUUAGUUUCUCCUGUUCAGAACAGUCAAGGAAAAUCCAGCUGUUUCUUGACUGGUGAGCGAAUAUCCACUGACCAUUCUGAGUCAUUAGUCAAUAAUUUGCUAGGUCAUAGUUAUGGCUAGGCCAGCCUCCCUAACCAAUGUAUUUGGGUUAUGUAAUUGAGUGUUUGGAAUUAAAAACAAGUGUAAGGGUCUCUACACUGCUGUCCCCCUUUAUUGUAGUGAAGGCAAACCCACUAUCCUUUUUGUGUUAUUUAAUGCCUGUAUGGGAAGGAAUUACAGUUUUUUGUUAAUAUUAAAUUUAGUAUAUUCUAAUAAUAGGAUCUUCCUGCCAACCUAGCAGUUUGAAAGCACGUCAAAGUGCAAGUAGAUAAAUAGGAACUGCUACAGCGGGAAGGUAAACGGCGUUUCCGUGUUCUGCUCUGGUUUGCCAGAAGCGGCUUUGUCAUGCUGGUCACAUGACCUGGAAGCUAUACGCCGGCUCCCUCGGCCAAUAAUGCGAGAUGAGCGCGCGACCCCAGAGUCGGUCACGACUGGACCUAAUGGUCAGGGGUCCCUUUACCUUUUAAUAAUAGGAUUUAGUAAUUGCAGCAGGGGUGGGGCCCUCAUAGCCCUUCUACCUGGCCCUUGGGACUAGACCAGGCCCCCCUCUUCUUCAGCCAUGCAUUGUGCUGUUGCCUGGCUCAAACACACCCUUGAGCUAGGGUAAUGCCUCUUGCUUGCCUGGAUGGAGGGUUGUGAGUGUGCAGAAACUUCUGUGCAUGUGUUGCACAAAGUCAAAAGCCACUUCUGUUUCCCUGCCCUUUCUUGUUUAUGUAUCUCCACACCCACCCACCCCAGAAAACUGCCCACAAGGCAACUUGGUCCUUGGGCUGAAAAUGGUUCUGUGCCUCUGAAUUACAGGGCGGACUCAGACAUAUUCUCAGAUUGCUCACCAGUACUGUAAGUGUCUGCAGCAGCUUUCUCCAACCUAGUGCCUUCCAGAUGUUUUGAGCUACAACUCCCACCAUUCCCAUCCCACACAGCUGUAUGUUGCAGCUGUACUCCAAAACAUCUGGUGAGUGCUAUGUUAGGGGAAGCUGCUGUAUAGGAUUGCAGCCUGAGUCCCAUAACUUUUUCUUAUCAAUCAUACCUGCUGUCUAGGAAUGCUGUGCUGGAACCAUCACAAAAAUUUGAGUUGGAAAUCACAGAAAUGGGUCAGAAUUCUAGACAGACCUUUAAACCAUCUCUUAGCUUUCUGGCGUUUCUCUUCUUGUCUCUCUUGGUUUCUGGAUCCUCCUUUCAGCACACUGGGCCUCAUUGCUGAUUCCGGUGUCUUGGUCCUGCCCUUCCAGAGGGUCUCAUCUAUGCAAGAGGCGGGUGGCAAACAUCUCAGUGGCCCAUCCAUCAGUCUUGUGCAUCCUGCAGUACCAAAUGUAUUCAGGACACGUUAUUGUUUUGAUUAUCUUACAAUUAACUGGACAGUGCUCUUUAUUCUCCCAUGGACUAUAGGCAGAUGUGUAGGAUGUUUUUAUGUUGUUACUGAGCUAUGCAAACUGGAUUGGAUGAAGACCAUGGGGAAUCCGUUCCUCAGAAUGCAUUGUGUUCCUGCACAAUUCCCAUUAAUUCCCAUGAACUUGUGUGGGAGGCAUUUGCAGGGAAUUUAGAAAGCCUUGGCCCGUCACAUAUUUACCCAGCCUUUCUGCCAAGGAACACAAAGCAGCGUGAACUUGGGUUCCCAGGCAAUGAGGUUCAUAAUAUGCAAUUUUGCAAGAUGUUCCGCAUCCUCAUUGGGAUUCUCCUUCUGGUUUCAAAGUCUCAAGAUGCAACUGACUAGUUGCAUGGCUGCCACUGUCAGUUUGAAACCUACCCAGGUCUCUGAAGUGCAGUAAAGCAAAAUCCUUUCUGCAAUUGCUGAAGAAGAAGAAAAUUUAUUGCCAAGUUCUUCAAACACCUGAUCCCAGCACUGAGCAGGUUGCCAUUCCAAUUUGUAUGGUGAAGAUUUCUCUCCCUGGUCCUCAUAAUAUGGUUGCUGUAUGUGCAAGAGGGCCUAGGUAUGCUGUAGACUGAUUUGUGCCCUCUUUCCUUUUUGAACUGCAUUUUGUGUUUGUUUAAUCCUUCUGCCAUUGCAUAGUUGAAAAACAAUAGAUUAUGGAUAUAUAUGCAAGUACAUAUCUCAUUGUAGAGUCUAAUUGUAUAGAACAGAUGAAAUGCAAUUGUGUAAGUACCGAACUGAACCAAAAUGGGGCCUGUUGAACUAGGCAGUGGGUGGGCAAUGGGGAUUUUCUGAGGGGGAAUUGUGCAGAUCAGAUCUUCGUACGGGGCUUGUUUCAACUGCUGCUUUAGAUGGUUGUCUGCCAAGCAUGCGGGAGAGCUGUAUGGCACAGUGGUGGGAGGUGAGGGGAAGUAGCCUUGGCCCAAGGUGUUUUCCCUUCUGCAAUAUAGGGUAAUAAAGGGUAAGAAGGACUGAGCUGACAUAUGCCAAGCAAUUGAUAAUGCUCUUAAAGCACUAUAUAAAUGCCAAUGUUAAUUUUUUUUAUGAGGCUGGUGAAAAUGUAGUUUGAUUUCUGUUUUAGAGCUCCUUGCUCCGGAAUAUGAGAGAGAGAGAGAGAACCCAGACAUAUUUCUCUUCCCACCCCACUCACUCACUUAUACCCCUUUCAUAGCUUUAGAGCAGGCAUGUCAAACUUGCGGCCCUCCAGAUGUUUUGGCCUACAACUCCCAUGAUCCCUAGCUAGCAGGACCAGUGGUUGGGGAAGAUGGGAAUUGUAGUCCAAAACAUCUGGAGGGCCGCAGGUUUGACAUGCCUGCUUUAGAGUGACUUUCCUAGUUAGCACAUCCACUAGGCUUGGAAGCAAUGCCUGCUGCUCACCUGGAGCACCUGUGCAUGUCUUUCCAGUGGAAUUAGUGAGCCUGAAAGUCAAAGGAAGCCUGCCGCUUGCUGCCUUGAAUCCAAGCACAGCAAGACAGGCUGGCUUCAUUUGUAUCAUGGCAAAUAUGACAAGCUAGUGUUUAAGGCAGAUACACACACACAGCCCCUCCAAAAGAGAGAAUUUUAAAGGACCCGUUUUUGCUAAGGGAGCCCUUAGUUCGUAGCUGAGCCUGCAAGGGUGAUAAGGGAUGCAUCUCAAUUGGUUAUAGCCAGGGUAACUGCUGAUGAUACUGCAGCCAGCUGAAGCCAUGACCCAAUCCACUAGUUUUCAUAUGCUCUCUUCUUCCUUACCCCUUUAGCCUUUUUUUGUAGUGCAGGGGACAGUUGCAAAGCUCAUAGCUCUCUUUGGGGGAGGGGGAUACCUGAACCUCUUGGGGGAAAAAUGCAUAUUACACACCCGGCGUUCAGAGUGGUUGUUUUUUUGAGAUUGGGGUUUUUCCCCUAGGUUGCUUUUUUGUUACUGCCGUGGGAAUGAUUAAAAAUAUAAAAGAGGAAGUCCUGUUAACGGAACGCUGCAUAUUGGCUUCAAUAGGCUUUCUGUACAGUAUGUUACAUUGCCUCCCAUUUCUUGCCUACAGUGGCCAUGCACUUACAGUGUAAUGUAUCAAAGCCGAUGGUCUCUCAAUAAACAAUCAUUUUGAUGCUUAUCUUUGAAGUACUGUCUUUGAUUAUUGGGGGGGGGGAGAGGGGGAGAGUAGUUCCAGUGCCCUGAAAAGCAGGUGACCUCUAUUGGAAUUCCCCCCUCCAAAGAAUGAACUACUUUCUCCCUCUUUUUAUUUAUUUAUUUUAAAAAAAACAGCAGCACAAGAAGGACAGCCCUAGUCAAUCUAAGUUAGGUUUGCAAAGCAAGAAUUGAUGCUCCAGGAUCUCUUCAAACUGGAAGCAUCAUCCACCUAUGCUCAGUGGUCUUGAGGACACAGCCUUGCUUAAGGAUGUGUGACGGGCCUGGCUAAAUAAGAACAGGGUCUGCUAGUCCAGAACCCCCAAAACUGGCAGAGUGUAGCCAAAGAUAAGCCUGUGUCCCCAGGUGGGCUGUGAUCUGUGCUUUGCCCUACAGACCACAUGAGAUUUGGUCCGUCCCCCAUGUCCCCCCCUUCUAAAAGAGUGUGAUGCCCAAAAUCCUGUUCCGUUAUUUUUAAAUGGAUGAUAGCAAAUGCGAAGGCUUUGGGAUCUGGUUUUCAACCGUUUAGUUUUCAUGUGCCUUUUUCCUGUCCUCUUGCUAACAUGAGUCCUAUGCCAUGAUAACCUGCUACUAUUUCUUGGAAGGUAAGCUACCUUGUGUUCUGAUAACUGUCUGUGUGAUCCAUCUGGCCUAGAAAAAUAAAUAUGGAUUCCUCCAGUGAGGUAAUAAGAGAAAGUCCUUCCAUUUUCCCCUUCAUUCUUCUGCUAAUCAGGCAUUAAACUUCUAGUAGUUAAUAUGGCUUUGGACUGGAUUGACCCAACAUUGCAGUGGUUCAUGCCCCAUUCCAGCCUUCCCCAGCCAGAUGUUUUGGACCACAACCCCCAUCAGCCAUCAUGCAGCCAUGUUGGCUGUGGAGUUGAUAGGAAAUGAAUAUCUGGAGGGUAGCAGGUUCAGGAAGGCUGCCAUAAUCUUUGCAUCUACCGGGCUAAGAUAUAAAUAGAAUGACUACCACCUGCGAUUAGCUGCCAUUGCUCUUUGAGCAAGUGGGCAAGCAGAAAUCCCCAGCCUGGUUUAUCCUCCUUCGCCAGCAAAAGAUUAGCAGAGCAUUUGAGUAGCUGGAGAACUGGCCUCUCAGGAGUGUCGUCAUGUCCUGGAAUCCACUAGGAUUGGUGGCCAUUCUUUAGGGUGGCUUGCAAAGUUAAAAAUCUAAAACUCUUGUCCUGAGACCUCCCUGCUAAAAACUAAAACUCAGAGGAAAAAACACCUCAGAUUGGAUUCACUCCAAAGGCAGCACAUAGAAAUGUUUUCUUUUGUUCGUAUGGUUUGGAUUCCCACCUCCCCACCACCACUCUCAGCAACAAGAAGUUGUUGCUGCAUGAUGUGGGAGAGAACCACUGGGGAUUGUUUGCCAUGGGGGGGGGCAACAGGCAGGUAGACAGGGUGCUGAAAACUCUCUCUCCAGCUAAUUGUGCACCCUGUUUAACCCCACACUUAGUUUUUCAACACUUAGCAGAAUCUGACCACACUAUCCUAGUUCCUUCACUGCCACCUUGUCUCAAAUUAAAAAACACAAAACCAAAAGCAAUGGUUGUGUUCUAGUGACCCUCAGCUGUGCAGAUUUCUGUGGCUGCCAUCCCACUCGCCACCCACUCCAGUCAUAUCCCGAGGUUUGAAUGUCUGUGUAUUUAUAACAUCUUCCAUCUUUUUCCAACACACAUUUUUGUGGAGUCCUGAAAUGUGAGAGGACAUAGAGUCUAUGUGCUGUAAUUUACCCGGCUUCAUCUUUGCAUAUUUUUUUUUAUUAUUUUAAAUGUAUUCCUCCCUCCCUCCAUUCCCCACCCCCACAUUUGUGCUGCUGAUUUUGGAUCAACAUCAUAACACAUCUGUGCUUUAGUUCUGUCAAGAGAAUCCUAAGAUCGGCAGGUUAACACUCUUGUCUUGUGCA